GGGGAAGUCGCAGCUCCACCAAAGCUCCCCCCGAAACGCCGAUCGCCGACGCGUCCCUGAGAAAGCCACGUGAAGCUGAUCUUCAACACGUCUCGGGCUGUUUCCCAAUAGCACACCACUCCCACCCCCACGGCAUAAGGAAUAUGGAGAACGCACAACAAGCGCCAGAGCCUGGCUCGCUGAGCUGGAGACUCAGUAGUCAUCCCAUCACACUACUUACUUUCCUGUUCUUCCGCAUCUCCUCCCUACUAGUCUAUAUCCUUGGCCUCCGCCUGCUCACCUCCAACUUCGUCCUCAUCUUCAUCAUCACCAUCCUCCUUCUCGCAGUCGACUUCUACUACCUCAAGAACAUUGCGGGCCGCCGCUUGGUCGGACUACGAUGGUGGAACGAAGUCGAUGCCAAUACUGGGGACGGCCGCUGGGUAUUUGAGAGUCUAGACCCGGAAACCGGACGCCAGAUCAAUGCGACGGAUAAGAGGUUCUUCUGGUUGGCGCUGUAUGCGCAGCCCGUGUUGUGGGUAUUGCUUGCGAUUGUGGCUUUAGUGAGCUUUGAGUUUAUUUGGUUGACGCUUGUCGGUACGUAUCGCCCAGGGCAGACAAAUGAUUCUUGUGCUAACGCGUUUCAUCCAGUCAUCGCACUCGUGCUUACCAUCACGAAUACACUCGCCUUCUCUCGUUGCGAUAAGUUCAGCCAAGCGACUGGCUUCGCCUCGAACGCCAUGUACGGUUCGGGUCUUGCAAGGAACUUGGCUGGCGGCUUGAUGUCAAGCAUACUCAGGCGGUGAUACAUGGACUUCGGAGACGUGCGCAGAAUCUCUAAUUUGUGACAAAAGCAGGAUAUAUUGUAGGAUUAGGCAUAUGAUCUAUUACUCGGA